AUGGGAUGCCACUGGGUUGUUUUGGCCUCUUAUUUUGUUUUGCUGCCACUAACAGUUUGGUGCCAGCCAGUCAUCUCCCCCAGCGGGCCUCACGUUGUCAUUCCCAAGAGGGGGAAGCUGGAGCUGCGUUGCCGUGACAAUGGCACCACGACGUCUGGCGUCCCGUCCAGGUUGAGGUGGCAGAGGGAGAGAGCUCGCAGGCUGGAGGGAGAGGUGGAAGAGGACGGAGUGGCCUUCGUCAGGGUGUCAGCGGCGCAGGUCUACCACAUGGGUCGUUAUGUGUGUGUCAACAACAGCACACUGGAACACAGCUCCAUCUAUGUAUAUGUGAAAGACACCCAGAAUGCCUUCCAGCGCACCAUGGUGAACGUCAUCCUGGUGCGUACAGGUGAGAACUGCACCAUUCCCUGUCUUGUGACCGACCCCGAGGUCACCCUGCUGGCCCUGGAGACCUGCGAUGGACGACCUUUGCCCUCUGGAAUGAGCUACCACAGCAACCUCCAGCGAGGCGUCAUCAUCAGCAACGUGAGAAAGGAAUACGAGGGCUGUUUUGUGUGUGUGGGACAGCUCGCUGGAGGCAAAGUGACGUCGAGCCAAUACACCAUGGAUGUACGACUUGUGCCAGAGGUGCCUCCAAUGAUCAUGCUGUCCCAGAAGGACACCGUUAUCCUGAGGAGAGGAGAGCGGUUUGAGAUUACCUGUAGCUCCACCAACGUCAACCCGGAUUUCAGUGUCAAGUGGGAUUUCCCGUCAACAGCGCAUCCCGGUGAAACUCACACCUCGCACAUCCUGUCCGGUUCCCGCGGAUACCGACGUGCCACCUCGCUCUUGAUCACAGCUGUCAACCAAUCAGACUCUGGCACUUACCGCUGCCACGCCCACAACGAGAGAGGCGCCAGUGCCACUGCGCUGCAGCUGGAUGUCCGAGAUCAGGGGUUCAUCACCAUGUUAGGAGGCCCAAGUCCAAUCCAGGCUGAGGUUAAAGAGGGGGAGAGUCUGAGCCUCAGAGUAGAGUUCAACGCCUAUCCUGCACCCAGUUCCCUGUCCUGGUCUUACAAUGGCAAACAGCUCCUCAACACCACAGAGCACGUCAUCACCAUCCACCGCCGCAAAUACAGACUCAUCAGCGAGCUCCGACUAGUGAGGGUCCUCGGCUCGGAGGGCGGGAUCUAUAAGUUCUCAGCCAGCCACGAGGACACAUCCGUCGAUCAUUCGUUCCACGUGUACGUCAACAGCAAGCCGGUAAUCGUCGCCCAGGAAGGCCCUGUUGAUGGACAGGUGCGGUGCGUCGCCGCUGGUUUCCCAGUCCCCAAAAUAAGCUGGUACUUCUGUGAGAUGCCCCACACAAGGUGCUCACACCUGCCCAACGCCACCCAAUGGGAAACUCCGGAUGUUGCCAUGGAGACAGAAUCUGCCUUCGGUCGUAGCGAGGUGGUGAGCCGACUGAACGUGAGCAAGGAGCACGCACACUAUCACACCCUGGAGUGUGUGGCGGCGAGUACGGAGGGGGAGGAGGCCUACACACUGUUCUCCAUCAGUGAACGCAUCGUCCCACAUAAACUCUUCACUCCUCUUCUAAUUGGCAUGGUGGCCACUGGCGGCGUCCUCAGCCUCAUUCUAGUGGUGCUGCUCUAUAAAUACAUGCAGAAACCAAAGUUCCAGAUCCAGUGGAAGGUCAUUGAGAGUAUCCAUGGCAACAACUACAUAUACAUUGACCCCACCCAGCUGCCGUAUGACUCCAAAUGGGAGUUUCCUCGACAGAAACUACGAUUCGGUAAAACUCUGGGCUCUGGAGCUUUUGGAAAGGUAGUGAGGGCCACAGCGUACGGACUCUGCUCUGCCGAUACUGUUACAACCGUCGCUGUUAAGAUGCUCAAACCCAACGCCCAUGCUACGGAGAAGGAGGCGCUGAUGUCAGAGCUGAAGGUGCUCAGUUACCUUGGAAACCACGUGAACAUUGUCAACCUGCUGGGGGCGUGCACUGUCGGAGGCCCAAUUUUGGUGAUCACAGAGUACUGUUGCUAUGGCGACCUCCUCAACUUCCUGCGCAGAAAAAGAGAGUCCUUCCUAAACUCCCAAGUUGGCGAUGGUUACUAUCGCAACGUCUCGAACCAAACGGAGCCUACAGCAAGCGGAGAGGUGACUGGUACAGGCUAUAUGCCCAUGCGUCCCUCUGAGAAAGAGAGGUCUUCCCAGUCAGUCGACGUAGAGGAGCUGUCUCUGGACGCCGAAGAUCUCCUCAGCUUCUCCUACCAGGUGGCCAAAGGAAUGGAAUACAUUACUUCCAAGAACUGUGUCCACAGGGAUCUUGCAGCCAGAAACAUUCUGCUGACUCACGGCAGGGUGGCGAAGAUCUGUGACUUUGGCUUGGCACGAGACAUCACCACUGAUGCCAGCUAUGUGCUCCGAGGCAACGCUCGUCUGCCGGUCAAGUGGAUGUCUCCCGAGAGCAUUUUCGACUGUGUCUACACCUUUGAGAGUGACGUGUGGUCCUACGGCAUCCUGCUCUGGGAAAUCUUCUCUCUGGGUAACAGCCCGUAUCCUGGGAUGCAGGUCGGCUCAGUGUUUUAUAGGAUGAUUCAAGAUGGCCACAGGAUGACCAGGCCCGACUUUGCUCCCAUCGAGAUGUAUGACAUGAUGUUGUCCUGUUGGAACCACGAUCCUUUGAAAAGGCCGCCCUUCAGGAAACUGGUGGAGAGGACCGAGCUGCUACUGUCAGAAAAUACCAGGAAUGUGUACCUGACACUGAGCAACGCUCCAGGUCAUCCAGAUCAGCAGAGGGCGCCGUCACGGAGGCUGAGCUCAGUCUGCAGCACAACAGCCCCCACACAGCCUUUGCUGCAAAGCACGCCUGACGUCUUCCUGGACUAUGUCUGACACACACACACACACAAACACACGCACACACACAAACACACACACACACACACACACACACACUGCUAUAAAACAUACAACCCCCCCCUACCUCCCUGAUCAUUCUCUCCUUUUAUCGCACAAACUACAAGAGCCAAAUGCACUCUGUAAACUACUAACAACACAUUCACUCAAACUAACUCUCAAAUGCUGGCCUUCCUGCAACACAUACACACACACACACACACACACACACACGCACACACACACACAUACAGAUACUGUAUAUAUGCGACCCUGCACUGGGCUCUCAGUAUUGGCCUCUAUCUAAUCUCCCCAUUGCUGUAUUGAUCUCUGUGGUAGGUAUUUCAGAUGCACGUCUAUAUAAAGUAGACUCCAGCACUAACCGCCCAUCAGAUACAACAUCAUCUCCCAUCAGCAGCAGGAGGAGUUUGGCUCACAUUCAGCCUUAGAUUGCAUCUUAAGAUGCUUUGGGGAAAACAAGAGACCUUUGACUGAGGAAUAGAUAAGCACAGUUGGUGCUGUGAUGAGUUGACUGUUUUUUUGUUGUUGUUGUGUGAGAUCUGUCUCCAUUUUUGCAGGAAUAUUUUGUCUUUUUUUUGGGGAAAUAUAAAUAAAUACAGCUUUCUUGCAGAGAGUUAGAUGAAAAAAUUGAUACCUAUCCUAUAAGAUAUAUGUGUGUUAGAGGUAAAGCCAACAGCCGUUUAGCUUAGCUUAGCAUAAAGACUGGAAACAGGGGUAAACAGCUAGCCGGGCUCUGUCCAACAGUGAUAUAAAAUCUGUCUACCAGCAGCUGUAAAAGCUCACAAAUGAACACAUUAUAUCUCAUUAGUUUAAUCUGUCCCAAAAAAGGACAAUUUGUGGUUUUAAUGGGGAUUAAGUUUGGGACUAUUUCUUGUCCGGAGGCAGUGAUUUACUGGAGUGUCUGCUGCUUGGACAGUCAUACUUCUCAUCUAACUCUGCAAGAAAGCAAAUAAGUGCAUUUUAACAUCAAACUAUUAAAAAUCUUAAUUUACUGCAAGAGUCACCAGAUUAACAAAUACUGAGUUGUCAGCAAGUCUACCUUAUAACUGGUUAUGACAGGGCUUGAAUAAAAGAGACCUUCCGAUGAGAGACCUGAAGUCUCUUUUACAUUAUAACAAAUGAGCCAAAGCAAAGUGGCAUGCAAGCGAUAACUCCUAAUACAUCAUAAAGCCAUAAGUUACAGAAACACUGAUUCCCACCUGUGCGUUGUAGCUUUGAAUACUGUGACUUGUAAAAGACUAACUGGUGUAUUGCUGUAUGUAUUUUAGAUUUAGCUUUAGUUUAGUCUGUGGCCAGGUGUUUAGGACUGACUGUGUGCUCUUUUUACUUGAUUUAUGUCCAACAUGUAUGCAAUGUAAAUACAAUAGAGAUGUGCCUUUAGAUUUUUUUUAGAAAAAUUACUGAAUGCACUUGAUUGUGACAGUUAUUGUUGAGAGCCAGAAGAGAGUUUCUGUGUGCUGGUUUUGAGAAUCAUGCCGUUUUGAUACAGUUGGUUGACUUGUAAUAAUAAAGAAAGUACCUGUGAUGGUAGGA